CCGCAAAGGUCAAUGCAUUUUAUUCGACUGAGGUGCACAGUCCUGAUAUAGACCGUCCUCGCCUGUGAACAUCUGAUAACCGCUAUUAUAUGAUCGGGCCAGCACGUUUUUAAAAGACAGUAGCUGUCAAUUACCCUCGGAAGACAUCAUAGUAUAGGCCCUACACCUGCUAACUGCUAUCCAGCAGAAUGGUUCGAUACAAGAUCCCAUUUUUCUGUGCGUUAAUAAUUCUUGCCAUAGUCUGUGCCUCAAAAUCGAAUGGACAGACCUGCCCAAACAAGUGCCAUUGCAAGAAUAACUACCAAAUCGUCGACUGUCGCAAUCGUGGCCUCUCGGAGAUUCCCUCGGGAAUACCCGUCAGCGUCCAAGAGCUUCGACUGGACCAUAAUACUCUAACCGACAUCCAGGCAGACGCGUUCAAGGGUUUAAUCCAUCUUCGAGUCCUGUACCUGAGUAAUUGUAAAAUCAACAAAAUCGCACCUGGCACAUUCAAGGAACCGACUAACAUCACUGAUUUAUAUCUAACUUCGAACGUCCUGAAGGAUUUCAAUGCCACGUCACUCCAAGGGUUACAAAACGUCCAAAUGCUUCACCUGGGGGGUAAUGAACUGACAGCAAUCCCGGAUCUUGGUCGUCUGCGCGCUUUGGUGUCCUUCGUCAUAGACACCAAUGAGUUGUCGAACGCUUCUUUCCCUGAGGGUUUUGGGAAGCUGUUGAAUCUUACACGAAUAACGUUGAGUAACAACAAGAUAACUCGUCUUGCAGACGGGGACUUGAAGUCCUUGCGUCAAUCCAAAGUGGCAAAGUUAUAUCUUGCCAGGAACCAAAUAGCUCAGAUCGGGAAGCUUAGCUUGGAACCCAUUGCAGACACACUCGUAUCCUUAUCGCUUGGGCAUAACCCGUUGUCGUCAACUUCUCUAAGAGACGGGCUCUUCGGGUUACGUCAGUCCAAGCAGCUGACGUCAUUAGACAUCCCAGCGCUUUCCUUUGGUGGCGUCAUGAACAGUGAUACAUUCCAAUACCUGAAUUCAACUCCUUUACUGAAACUAAAAAUGUACUGUAACUCCGUCCACCAGCUCGAGCCGAGGCUCUUUAGUCACGUGAGAAACGCCGAUUACAUAGAUGCCAGCUCCUGUCAGAUCCGAGACAUUGAACAAACUGUUUUUGCUGGCAUGGCAAAGUUGAAAGAACUUCGUUUGAAUGAGAACUUCCUCUCUUACGUGCCACAAAAUCUGCCGAAUAGUCUACGUAUAUUAGAUCUCAGCGAAAAUCAGAUCAUCAAUUUUAAAGAUUUUCAGUUCGCUGGUAUGCGAAACAUAGAGACGCUUCGUCUAAGGAAAAGCGGAGUUGAGAGGAUACCAACAAAUUCUUUUGCUGGGUUAGAAAAAAUUAAAACAUUAGACCUAUCUGAAAAUCGCAUUUCGUCCAUUGGCAAAUCCGUCUUCGGCAUGCUUCAUAAACUCAAAACAUUGAAACUGAACGACAAUAGGAUCGGCUUAAUCCAGACAGACAUAUUCUCUUCGUCGUCGGCUUUACAAUUUCUCGACAUGUCAAAGAAUUACAUUGGGAGGUCUUCGAUCCCCCUAGACUUAUUCAAGGGUACUUCCAAACUGAAGAUUCUUUUCCUAAGUGAUAAUGAACUAGGAUACGUUUUCAAGAAUGACCCAAACGGAAUGCUCUUCAAGAAUUUGUAUAAGUUGGAGAAUUUGACGUUGGAAAGAAAUCGCAUCAGUCAGCUGUGGCCUGCUCAGUUUCAGAAUCUGACGUCGGUAAAAAAUCUGUCUCUCAGCGAUAAUCAAGUCUCGUUCUUCACUUCUCAACUCUUUGCGCCAAUGACAUCCCUGCGUGCUCUGAACCUCAGUCAAAACAUGAUCUCAUUGGUUAAUUCAUCAUCCAUAGGAGGUUUGGAGGGGAGGCUCCAGACGCUGGACCUCAGUGGAAGUCCGUUUGCUUGCACUUGUGAUCUUGUGUGGUUUCGACGUUGGAUCAAUCAAACCAACAUCACGCUUUCUCAAUUGGACGUUUACACAUGUAAUACUCCAGCGGAACGCCGAGGUAUGCCCUUAUUGCAGUUUGAUCCGGAUGCGAUUGAUUGCGUUAAUCGUUGGCCAAUCUACCUGGCUUCGGCCGUUGGCGGAACGUUGGCACUUCUCGUUGUCGUUUUUAUUUCCUUGUACAGGUGGCGCUGGUUCCUAAAGCUAAGAUAUUACCGCUUCAAACGUCUCGCCCUCAAGCGUGAUGUGCCCCAUGGUUACGAGCGAGUGGAAGGGGAUGACAUCGUGUCGGAUGCAUUUGUUUCAUUCUGCGUCGAUGCAGACAGAGAAUGGGUGGCAGUAGAACUGCUAGCACGAAUGGACUCCCGACCUCCCAACGCCGGGCGCUUUAAUCUUGUCUGCGACCUCAACUUUUUGCCGGACAAAUCGGAGUUGGAAAGCGUGGUGGAAGCCAUUGAGUGCACGCGGAAAGCCAUCGUGGUCCUUUCCGACGCUUACAUCGGUGAUCCUCGCUGCGUCCAAUUUGAGCUGGAGCAGAUCGUCUAUGAAUCUUCCGUAGAACGACCGCAACGGUACGAAAUGAUUCUCGUUUUGAAGGGUCUAAAUCCAAAUGGCAAAAUCCCGAAGGUUCUUCGACAGCGUCUGGAAAGAGGGGAAUUUUUGGAGUGGACGGAAGAUGCAAACGGCCAGCAGUUGUUUUGGGAUCAGCUGGGGGAAAAACUGGAACAGAGACCACAUAACAUAAACGUCUGAGUAAAAAUAAACACCUUAAGUUGCACUGCCAUUAUAAAUAUUAGGAAGGAAUCUCUUUUAAAACGAAUGUUCUUAUUGUAAUUUUUUUGUAGUGUGCAGGCUUUGCAAGUUGCGUUAAUACCUUAUUUGUCUACUUCUCGAAACUCUCAUUCAUUACACUCACGUUAAAAAGGUAUUUAGUGAACUUUUGUACUUCAUAUUUUUGUACUUCAUAUUUUGUGAGCUUUUCUUUUGUAUUUAUGAUUUUUUUUCAAUCUUACUUUUUUGCAAGUGUUUAUCAGGGUGAAAAAGUUCGUUAAGUGGUCAAAAUCAGAAUCAGUAUUCGGCAAUCCUCUCUAACACAUUCAUACUCAACCGCUCUUCUCUGUUCAACCGGUUGCGUUUUGUUCCUGUGAAAAUUUCAACAGAAUAUAUCUGACUUUUAAAGCAUUGCCUCAUUUAAUUCUACUCGAUCACAAAACAUUGCUUGGUUUUGAUUAUAAAAUAUUAAAAUGGAGAAAAAGGGGCACAAAAGUAUCUACCACUUGUCGCCAUUGCAUGCUUACCGUGUGUGAUCUGAAGGUUUGAUAUUUUUUACGCAACAAUUGCACCUUAAAUGAAAAC